UGGCAGCGAACGCACCGGCAGGCAGCCAGCAGGAGCCUCCACGGCACUCAGGGACGCGGCGACCAUGAUGGCUGGACAACUUUGAACUCUGAAGGGAUGAUGUUUGUCCUCCGUGGGAUCUGAUGGUUUCCGCACUGGGAGACGGUAAGAGGUCUGCCAAACGUCCGCACCCCCAUGAGGCCGGGACAUGGCGAUGCUUAGCGGUGCCGAGCGGCCGUGGAACGCGUCGGAGCACCUGGGCUGGGACGAGCGCAACGAGAGCGCGGCGGAGGCGGCCUGGCGCGGCGAGGGCGAGCGCCACUACUACGCCAUGUUGUACUCGCUGCUCAUCCUGGCCAUCGUGUUCGGCAACGUGCUGGUGUGCCUGGCCGUGCUGAGGGAGCGCUCCCUGCAGACCACCACCAACUACCUGGUGGUCAGCCUGGCGGUGGCCGACCUCCUGGUGGCCUCCCUGGUCAUGCCCUGGGCCGUCUACCUGGAGGUGGUGGGUGGCGCCUGGCUUUUCAGCCGCCUGUACUGUAACAUCUUCGUCACGCUGGAUGUGAUGAUGUGCACCGCCAGCAUCCUCAAUCUGUGCGCCAUCAGCAUCGACAGGUACACGGCCGUGGUCAUGCCCGUGUUGUACAACACCACGCAUCGCUCACGCAAGAGGGUCUUCGUCAUGAUCGCCACCGUGUGGGUCCUGGCCUUCGCCGUCUCCUGCCCCCUGCUGUUCGGCUUCAACACUACAGACGACCCCAUGGUGUGCUCCAUCUCCAACCCCGACUUUGUCAUCUACUCCUCCGUGGUGUCCUUCUACCUCCCCUUCAUGGUCACGCUGCUGGUCUACAUCCGCAUCUACGUCUUCCUGAGGAUGAGGAGGAAGAGGAUCACCUUCAGCCAAGCCAGCGGGAAAGUGCAGCCGGACUCCACGCCGCCCUCCGUGGAGACGUGUCUGCAGGAGGCCGCCAAGACCAGACAUGACCUGUCUCCCAUCAGGAUUAAAAUGCAGUGCGUGGAGCCCUUAGCCCCGCCCAAGUCCAACCUGCUGUCGGCCUGUCUGUGGCGCAAGCGCCCAAAGACGGGCCCCGUGGAGAACUCAGCGCUGCCCCCGGUGGACUCGCAGAACUACUGCAGCAUCAGCCACGCCUCCUGCGGCCGCACCGAGCUGGACCUGGACCAGGACCGGGACCGGGGCCCUGACAUGGGGGCAGUGGCGGCGGCGGCGGAGAUGAGCCACGACGUGCAGCUGUCGGCUAGGCUGAGCUGCCAGGUGAAGGACCUCGCCAACGGACGCACGCACACGUCGCUGCGGCCCGCCAGCAUCAGCCAUCCCAGAUUCAGGAGCAUGCACGCUCGCGAGAAGAAGGCCACGCAGAUGCUGGCCAUCGUGCUCGGGGUGUUUCUCAUCUGCUGGCUGCCCUUCUUCGUCACGCACAUCCUCAACACGCACUGCAGGACGUGCCAGGUGCCGCCAGGCCUGUACAGCGCCUUCACCUGGCUGGGCUACGUCAACAGCGCUCUCAACCCCGUCAUUUACACCACCUUCAACGUGGAGUUCAGGCGCGCCUUCAUCAAGAUCCUCAGCUGCUAAAAACCCGGACAGGAAAGACGCUCGGGAAGCACAACGUGUGGACUUGCAGUUUUUGUGCUUCUUCCUGCAUGCGUCUUUGGGAACCACAUUCGCAGGCGUGGACUAAAUGAGGUUCUGAACAUGCACUCCAACGCUCCCCAAGUGGAGUGGAUUUACAACGUGCAUCCACUCAAAGACGGGACAUUUUUCAUGCUGAUUUUUUUAUCUUUCCUGUCAAAGCUGGCUGUGAUGCGCAGACACGCAUCAAGGAUUUUCACACUGUGGCUGUUCCGUGAUGGAAAUGACAAACAAAAGCACAAACUCAUUCCCCCGGGGGGGUACCAUUUUAGUUCAGCUGGGGCUUCCUCCUCGUGUCCCGAUCAUUCGCUUACGUUCUGCUCAGCUUGCGGCGUGGCCGAAUUUGUUCCAGAAAGCCAAAAAUGCUAACAGUAAACAUGUUUAUAGUUGGACUUCCAAAUGCAAACCAUCCAUCCAUACAUCUUUUAUGGCAACUACAGGUCACAGAGACAAUUAUUCAUUCACUCGCAUCUUAACCUAACCCACCUCCUGACUGUGGGGCCAACAUGCUAACCACUCAACCACCGUGCAGCCAAAUGCACACUAACAUGUAAAAUGAUAACAAAGGGAUAAAUCAACCUUUAAGGUUACUUUUACCUUCACUGAAGGUGGAUUACCGACGGGAGUGUUCCCAAAGACACGCUGUGGCAGCGAGACACCACCUUCCUGUUUUGCCAUGAAUUUUGCUUGAAUUCAAUCACCCAAAAUUGAGCUAAAGGUUUCAAGUACCAGCAUGUUGAUAGAGCAGGAGAAAAACAUCAUUGAUUUGAAUUCAAGGAAUAAGUCCUGACAAAACAGGAAGCUAGUGUCCAUUUUAUAUCUUGUGGGGAACACCGAUGGAGAUUCAUGUAUUCAAUGAAGAUAAAAGUAACUUUCAUGUUCGUUCAUCAUCUCAUGAAAACAAAUGAAGCCAUCAUUGCACUCUUUAGGUUUGUUUACAUUGAAAUAUCACAGUAAUUUAUGUUUCGUUUUAUAGGCUUUAUUACAUUUGUAUUUAUGUAUAUUGUCAGUCGCGCAUGCGCUAUGUGCAUUGCGGAAGUUUUUACAUACGUCUUUUAGUAGAUCAGACGAUAGAAACAGUGUUUUUACCAAAGUCACUAAUGUAAUUUAAUGUUACUAUGUAACACAGUAUGGGUCUCGACCUUUUCUGUUCAGACACUUAAAAAUAUAAUAACUACACACAAGCAAUUUGCUAAAGAAGUGACGUAGUUCUGACGCAUGUGCGGAACCAAUCGCAUUUCCUGUAAGGAUGGACGGUGAAGAGACACAAGCUAAAAAUACAUUCAGACCAUAGCCGGAUAAUAUACUACACCAGGGCUACAUGUUGGCAUACAUUUUCGACGUUAACUGAAGAACACGCUAACCAAGGUUCCACUGUAAAUACAAGUAACAUAAAUAGGACUUACCAUGAGGCUAACGGGGAACUUUAAGCGCCAGGUUUGCACGAAUCGGAAGUAGCGAAGCAAAGACACGUGAUCGAUGAUCCCGCCACUCGCAGAAAGACUCAGCUGAAGUCAAUACUACACUGAUUACACAUCAAACUUUAGUCAAGGCGCCCUCCACGGUGUCUUACAGGAAGUGGAAAUACAAAAUAAAAGCUCCACACAGGAAAUUGAGGUGAAAGACAGGAAAAUUGACACGGCCGGUUUUUUUAUGCACGUGUCGUAUUAUUUAUCUCGUGAAUAAUGUUGUACAAGAAAUGAGAAAUGAUUGCACAUUUCGUGGUCGGGGGAAAUAUUAACAAUGGCACAAGAGUGACAGGAAAAUGUGUGAAAAGGACAAUAAAGAUUAUGGAUGAUAGGCUUAAUUAGACCAGCAGUCUUGUCACAUGUUGUUUUGUUGUUUUGUUGGCCACUUCCAUUGAAAUGCGGACAUCAAAAACAGAAAAUAAAAUGUAAACUAAAUGAAAUGUGUG